CCGAGCUGCCCGCCGCGGCGACUGCGCGGCCCAGCCUGCCGCCCAGCUGAGCCAGCACCAUGUGGAGCUGCAGCCCGCUGAAUGGCACGGGCAGGGGCGAGGACCAGCCCCUCUGCCCGCACUUCCACCUGGUCCUGUCCACCUUCUCCCUGCUCUACCUGGUUGUCGGCGUCCCAGUGGGCCUGGGCUAUAAUGCCCUGCUGGUCCUGGUCAACCUGCAGGACCAGAGCAGCAUGACCAUGCCGGACGUCUACUUCGUGAACAUGGCCGUGGCGGGCCUGGUGCUCAGCACCCUGGCGCCUGCACACCUGCUGGGCCCCAGCUCCUCCGGGUGGGCCCUGUGGGGCUUCAGCAACGAGGCCCACAUCACACUGCUGGUGCUGUUCGAUGUCUGCUCGCUGGUGACCAUGUACUCCACGGCCCUGCUCAGCCUGGACUACUACAUCGAGCGCGCGCUGCCGCGCACAUAUAUGUCCAGUGUGUACAACAGCCGGCACGUGUGCGGCUUCGUCUGGGGCGGGGCCCUGCUCACCAGCUUCUCCUCCUUGCUCUUCUACAUCUGCGCCCACGUGGCGGCGAGGGUUGUCGAGUGUGCCAAGAUGCAGCACACGGAGGCCGCCGACGCCAUCAUGGUGCUCAUCGGGUACCUGGUGCCGGGUGUGGCCGUGCUCUAUGCCCUCGUGCUCAUCUCACGGGUCCACAAGGAGGACACGCCCCUCGACCAGGACUCGGGGAGGCUGGACUCCUCGGUGCACAGGCUCCUGGUGGCCACCGUGUGCACGCAGUUUGGGCUCUGGACGCCACACUACCUGACCCUGCUGGGGCACACGUCCCUGGCCUUGCGGGGGGAGCCUGUGGACGGGCAGCACCUGGCGAUACUGCUCUUUGCCAAGGACGUGUCGCGGUGCCUGGCCUUCUCCAGCAGCUCCGUGACCCCGCUGCUGUACCGCUACAUCAGCGGGAGCUUCCCAAGCAAGCUUCGGCGGCUGGUAAAGAAAAUGCCCUGUGGGCGCCAGGGCUGCUCUGAGGACCAGGCAGGGGUCCAGCAGGUGCUGGCAUAGGCAUCCAGCUGGAGGGGUCAGCCCAGCGGCGCCCACCACGCCCAGUGCACUCACCCUGGUCCCGAGCCCCGGCAGACGCGGGGACGUCCUCAGCCACAUGCACAGCACUUUGUCGCCCGCACAUCCUGCUGCGCUCUGGCCAGGAGAUGGCCAAGGUGAGAGCGCACCACAUGCGAGGCCUGUGCGGAGGCGGCCACGCCCAUCAGGGCUCCUGGCUCCUGGCAGCCUGUGCAGCUCCCCAGGGCACCCCUGCAGGCCGCUGCUCUCAGCCUCCUCACGGGGCUUUCCAAAUGAAGGGAUGGAAAUCAAAGCCAGUAUUUAUACUUUGUGUGUAUUGUUAAAACACUUGAUUCCCCCUCAUACGUUUGUUUAUACAAAGAGAUGUUUGGGAAAAAGCCGCCCAGUGUUAACACGCAGGAAGCAGGACAGCGGCACCUGCUGGGGGAACGGCGGCCUGGCCUGGGCUCCAUCAAGGGCAGAGUGCCGGGGCGGGCGGUCUCACACGGGACAAAGUACAUCGCCAAGGAACGAAGGCUUGGGGUGCUGGCUUAGGCAGGCAGCACCAAGGUGCUACCGUUGCCCGCAAGGUGUGCCCAGGACCCCUGCCGUCUCACAGGUAACGUCCACUGCAGACCUGUCCUAAGCCAGACCCCACGAUGGCACAGAACCGAGGCAAGAAGAUGCUGGGAGGACUCGCAACCCAGCACAGACCACAGCCAACAACUGAAGUCGCCAUCACCACUCGCCAGGUCCGCAUCCACUUAGGCUGGGGUGACCUGAGACUGGCCCACUUCUGAGUGGUCACCUGGCCGUCCUGCCUCCGUCAGCCCCGCAGGCUGUACACAGCCAUCUCCAAGAGUACACAGGGUGUCCCCUCCCCUCCACUGCCUCCCCUCGAGUCCUUGUAAAAUACAGCCCUGUGAGCCUCGGGUCCAUUUUGAAACCCCAAAAGCCCUAUAAACAAAGAUUUUUCCAACUCUGCAGCAAAUUCACUU